CAGGAACAGGAACAACAACAACAACGGCGACCUAAGUAAUAUCUGUUGGAAAUGGCUACUCUGACGGAUCAAGCAGUUGGUAUGAGUCUGGUGGGCUUCAGCCUCCUGUUGUUCAUAUACUACUCUGUCUGGGUCAUUGUCCUGCCCUUCAUGGACACUGCUCACGUGCUCCACAAGUAUUUCAUUCCUCGAGAGUACUCAGUCAUUCUGCCUGGCAUUGCAGCAGUCAUACUGCUGCUUUUUAUAGGAGCCUUCACUGGAGUUGUCAUCUGGAAGAAACACAAGCCAAAGAAAGCUGACUGAACCAUGUGAAGGACACUGCUAUGUGAGCUGGACUGUGUCAGUGCUGCUUUACCUUCUCUACACGUCUUCGCCAUGGUACCAUCCUUAUUCCAAGACUUCUACGGGAAGAGCAAAAGCAGUAUCUCUUUCCUCUAUCAAAGAUUCACCAACACCUGGAAUUUAAUGAUAAAAGACAACAUUUCCUCAAAAAGCAAAUUCAUCAUGACUUAAAAUGUGCACACUUUAAAACAAUACUGUCAGAAUUGUUUAUAGUGGGACAGCUUAGCAUAAAAAUUGUGCAUUUUGUGAUAAAAGAACCAAACUUGGCAC